CUUGUUAUAUAUACACAAAAGCACACAUACACACGCCUAUUGACCUUUAAUUUUGUUUAUUGGGAUUUUGAUGAAAUUAUUGGAAGUUCAAUGUCAUAGAUUUAUUCUGUAUGAUGAUUAGCCUUAUAACUUCGUAUGUGUUUAGUUAUGGUUGUAUGUAACAGCUGAAAUUUGCGUAUUUAGGCUAGAAGUGAUGUUUAAAUCACCUGUAAUUUGAGUUUCAAAUGAUUUCACAGUUUGAGAAGUCUGGUAGUUGAGAUGCGCCUUCAGUCUAUUAUCUUAUAAUGCCUCUAUGGGCUUUGGUUUGCAAUAGGUAUUCUGAUGUUUACAUAAGUGAUGUUGUUAUUCUAUAAUAAAUAGCCCACUCUAAGUUAGGGUUUAGUUUACUUGAGCUGUGGUGAUUUGAAUAAAGCAAUAAGCGGUUGGUACUUGAAAAUGGGGGUUGUAACAAUAGUUUUAAGAUUGAAAAUAUUCCCGUGAGCAUAAGUGAAUUGGAAGGAAAACUAAGGUCAUUCAGCGUAUGAGGGAAUAUUACGCAAAUAAAUAAUACUGGAUCCCAGCUUAAGCUUUUAUGCCCUUGUAAAUACGGGCCAUUUUUUACUUUAGGCACUACUUACCUUUUUAAUGUGAACUAUAUAUUCUAUACGGACAUUCUAGUGUCUUUUGGAGAUAGAGAUGGCACUGAAAUUAUACCAUUAUAUUAAUCAUUUUAUUUGAUUGAGCAGGAUAAGUGAAAACCUAUUCAUCAUUGCAUCUCUAUGCCAAUAUUUUCUCAGCAAGUGAGGUUUGUUUGAAAUGAUGCCUAAACACAAUCAAAAUCAAGGCUUUAGAUGAGGAUGUAACCUAAGGAUCAAUACAUGAUGGAUUAAAUGGAAAAGUAUGAUAGGUGUAUUUAUGAUCGUAAGAUCCCUAACAAAGUGAAGAGUAAGAGUAAAGUCAAACCCGCUAUGUUAUAUGGGAGUGGGUGGUGUCUAAGGUACAAUCCACAAGAUGAGUGUGAACAUGAAUAAGAUUAUGAAUAGCCACAUCUUUCAGGCAAUAUAUGUUGUACAUAUUGACGAUAAAAUGAGAGCGAGUUGAUUAAGAUUAUUUGGUCAUGUCCAACAUAGAGUUUCAAAUGCUUAAGUACAUAAAUGUGAUUAGUUAAUAGAGGAAUGAGUGAGAAGGGGAAGGAGGAGGCUUAAGUUGACAUGGAGGGAAGUGGCAUCAAAGGAUUUACAAGUUCUGAAUAUUGAUGCAGACUUGGUGUCUAAUAGAUCUGAAUGGUGAAAGAUAAUCUAUAUAGCGGACUCUAAACUAGAUUGUGAUUAAAGCUUAGUUUUUGUUAUUGUUUUGUAAUUGAGUCCACUGCUUUUUGUUGCUGAGAACUUGCUAUAUGAGAACCCAGGGAAAGCAGAGAGGAGGCAUGGAAAUUUUGACAUUAUUGUACAUCUUGAUUUUUAUUGAUUUCAGUUGUAUAAUUCAUUUCUGUUAGUUCCUUGGGCAGAUCAAGAAGUAGGACUCUACCCUUCUUGAAUAUUGCUGUAAUAAUAUUUAAGAAGAUGUUGCUAGGAAAUAGCUGUUCUGGAAUAUUACAUUCUUGUCAUUGUAGGUUCUUGAUUAUCUAUUAUGAUCAAAGGAUAGCCAGCUGGAAGCUGUAUGUAGAAGUCAAUUAUUUAUGUGGUUCAGGAUUGAUUAAAAAGCAAGGCUUUAAAGGAUCCUUUGUGGAGGCAGGAUCUUAUGCGAAGACAUUUGCAGUCUUGUCUGGAGUGCACAGUUUGGUUGUCUGCUUUUUGAAGAGGUUGCGAGGGAAAGAUGAUGUUAUCAAUGCUGGAGUUGCAGGAUGUUGCACUGGUCUUGCUUUAAGUUUUCCAGGGGCACCUCAGGCUCUUCUUCAGAGCUGCCUGACUUUUGGGGCAUUCUCUUUUAUUAUUGAAGGGCUUAACAAGCAGCAACCAGCACUGGCACAUUCGUUUUCUGUGAAACACAGGUGCCGCCACUGUGAUGCACCUGGUGCCUUGGCUCUCCCUGGUGACUACCAUAACGCACCUCACCCCUUGGCUCUUCCUCUUUCUGUCCCUCUUCCAAAUGAACUAAAAGUGGCCUUCUCUUUUUUCUGCAAGUCCUUGGGAAAUCCCAGUAUCAAUUUUCCUACUGCUUCCGAUAAAAGAAUGGAAGCAUGAUCAAUCAUGUUUGGUUUAACAUUUUGUAGAUUUUUGUUGUCGUGACAUUGUAACCCUGUAAAUUUGUAGUUCAAAUUUCGAAGCUUACUGGAAGCUUUAAUGAUAAAACGGUUCCUUCCACGUAUGAAAAUGCUUUUCUUAUAUUCUUUUAUUUAACUCAGCUA